UUAGAGGGAAAAUGCCCAAAAUUAACUUCAGUACAAAAAUAAUUUCACUGGAUAAAAUGGAGAAUAAGUUGAGGAGGAGCAAAACUAUUAGUGAAAAUAUUUCUUUCGCUAGUGUGUCUAGUGUAUCAGAAGCCUCAUCUGAGUCUAAAUCUAGGAAGAAAGUAAUAGUUCAGACAACAACUGUGGAUCGCCUGAAAAUUCCAGUUGCAAAGAACUCGGAUGACAAACAAUAUCGUCGGAAGAAAAGAGCCAGAGGUCUGACUCAUUUUAUCAAAAAGAGGAAUAAUGGUUUUCAAGUGAAUAAACUUCCCAAAAAAAUAAAGCUAUAACUCCAAAUGGGAGAAGAAAUAAGAAGGAACUGAUCAGAGAACCAAGGAGAAAAUUAGGCUCAGUUACGAAUCUGCACACACUUGCAGGACUAUCCACUUUAAAUCCAAUAUCUUUCACACAUAAACGGAAACAUAGCAGAAAGGAAAUGCAGCUAGAUGCUAUUAAGAAUAAGCUAUCAUUGAAUUCUGUCAAUCCCAUAAGGGUCCAGGUUAUUGAGAAAUACCAGCUUUCCCAGAAGAAUUAUAUGCAGUAUUUGGAGGUAAAAAAUUGUUGGAAGAAAUGGCUACUCAAGCAUGCUUAUCAAGCAUACCUUAAAUAUAAGGAAAAGCAAGAAAACAGUACUGAUAACAAUGGCUCUUCAAGGCCUAGACUCAAGAAGUCCAAGUUGAUUAUAUUGAAAAACAACAAGUUAAUUAAUAAGAAGACUCACAUCAAGAACGAACUUAAGUUUGCCCAAGAAGUGGUCAACCAAUUCCGAACCAAAAACAAUACAGCUGAAGAAGCACGAAUGGAGCAGCUCAAGAGGAAGAAAACAGUGAAGGGAAAGAAGAUCCUGAAUUUGCUAAGCAGGAAGAAGAAAAGCAAGAGCUUUAAGAUAUCAAAUCAUAUUGAGGGUGUAAAAUUACCAGCGAAAAAUAUUUAUGAGAGGAUUUAUUCAUGCGAGAAUAUAAAAUCUAGUCUACCUCAUCUGAGUGAUGGUUCAAAAUCUGGGAUGAAAAGGUACAAAGAUUUUACCAAGAAACAUCCAGGGAAGGUUAAAGACUCGACUUUGUUAAAACCUAAAUUUUCUAAAGGCACAAUUCUGUAUCUUUCUAGUAAGGAAAAGAAGCAGAAGACUAUCUCUAAGACAGAGAUGUAUAUGAAAAAGUUUAAAGAGAAAAUAAACUCUAAGCAUUACUGACUAACUAGGAAGUACAGUGACUUUUCGGCCAAUAAGAUUCAAGCGACCACUCUAAAGAGGCUUAACACAAAAAGUCUGAGGAGGCUAAAAUCUGGUAUUUUCGGAUGGAAUCAUUAA